CCCUGCCUAAUCGAUAGCGCAACAGGUUUUGCGGCAGAUGAGGUUGUUUGUUAAAAUAGCUCCCGUUUUUAUAAAAAAACAGAGCAUAAUGUUGCGAUCAAAAGUCCUGAGCUUGGUGGCCCGUAGUGGAUCGAUCCGCCUGAUGUCCACCGGCACAAAGUUGACCACUGUGGAUGUCAACGACAAAACCGGAAUUGCUACUCUUACAAUGAAUCGGCCACCCGUAAAUGGACUCAACCUGGAACUACUGCAGGAUCUGAAAAGCUCCAUUGAUGAAAUCGAAGGCAACAAAAGUCGCGGUUUAAUUUUGACGUCGUCAAGUUCCACUAUAUUCUCAGCUGGUCUAGAUAUCCUGGAGAUGUACAAGGCGGACAAGGACAGGAUUCGAGCAUUUUGGACGCAACUACAGGAGACUUGGCUGGCACUAUAUGGCAGCAGUGUGCCCACAGCAGCGGCCAUUAAUGGCCACUCUCCCGCUGGUGGAUGUUUGCUAGCGACUUCCUGCGAAUACCGAGUCAUGGUGCCCAAGUUCACAAUCGGCCUUAAUGAAACACAACUUGGUAUUGUUGCGCCCAAGUGGUUCAUGGCCUCUUUCCUGAGCGUUUUGCCACAACGUGAGGCAGAGCGCGCCCUGAACCAAGGACGUAUGUUCACCACAGAGGAAGCCUUGAAGGUGGGCCUCAUCGAUGAGACUGCUACCAACAAGGAGGAGGCAAUUGAAAAGUGCACCGCCUUUAUUACAACCUUUGCCAAGGUCAAUCCUCUGGCUAGGUCCCUGACAAAACAGCAAUUCCGAGCUGCCGAUCUACAGCAACUGGAGAACGAACGAAAGGACGAUUUGGAGAAGUUCUUGUUCUUUGUCAAUCAACCAGCCGUACAGAAAGGCCUUGGCAUUUAUCUCGAGGGACUAAAGAAGAAGGCUAAGAAGCAAUAAUUAAAAGAUUUUAUACAUUUUGGAAUAGUAAUAAAGCUUUUAUAAAUCUAAAA